CCAAGAAAAGAAAAUGACAGAGUUUAGAAGUAUUUCAGUUUAAUAAGACUCUAAAUAAUGGAAAUGGUUCUAGUUUAGUUGGGAAAUUUUUACAGAGUAACUUGUCCUGGGAUGUGCUGUGAAGAAAAUUAGUGUUUAAGCUUCCAGAUUCGAGUCAGAAGCAAACAAUUGAUCUAAACCAUGGCCAGACUAAACUUGCAAUGAAAAUAUAUUGCAGACAAUGAUUUUGGCCUGAUAUGGUGAUGCAUGCCUGUCAUCCCAGAACUCGGGAGGCUGAGGCAGAAAGAUCAUGAGUUUGAGGCCAGCAUGAGCUACAUAGCUAGAUUCUGUCUCCAAAUGAAUAAAAACACACAACCCUCCCCCCAAAGUUUUUCAAUCAGGAGGCAGAUCUGUUUUGAACAGUUAAAAUUCGGUAAAUGAAGAACAUAUAUGUUCUGGCCCACAGAAAAUGAGGACAGAGAAAAAAAGAUGAUGCACCAAGUUCCCUCAGACUGACUGCAGCAUCCCAGCUAUUUGAGAAAAAUUUAACUGCUUUGCACUUUCUCAGUGUUUCUCAACUCUUGGAUACCACAUGUCCUCUAGAGGUAAAAUAUAGGUCCCACUACAAAUCUGAGGCUGCUUUUCUGAAGCAUAUGAGGGCUGUGUGAACUUGGAUGGUGUCUAUCCUCUGGUCUGGUCCCUGCAAGUGUCAGAGGAGGCUGUAAGAGGGUACCAGAUUUCCUGGAACUGGAGUUGCAAGAGGUUGUGAGCUUCCUGGUACGGGUACUGGGAACUGAGCCCAGGUCGUCUGCAAGACCACUAAGUACUCUUAACCACUCAGCCAUCUCUCUAGCUACUGUGGAUUUUUUUUAAAAAAGGUUAUUAUUUUUACUUAUGUGUUUGUGUGUGUAUGACACCUGUGUUCAGGCACCAAGAACAGGAAUGAGAGAAGAUGUCAGGUCCCCUGAAGCUGGAGUUUCAGGUUGUAAGUUGCCAAAUGUGGAUACUGAACUCAGGUCCACUGGGAGAUCAGCAGGUGCUCCUGUCAUUGAGCUAGCUCUCCAGCUCCAAGACACAGAGUCGGAGGUUUUGUUUGUUGUUGUUUUGUUUUGUUUGAAACGGGAUCUCUCCAGCUCCUACUGCAGACUUUAAUAGUAUCUCACCAAACACAUCCUGUGGGGAGUAAAUAAAUAUAUGCCUAAAAAUGUGCUUGAUAAAUUCAAACCAUUACUAUUUAUCUGAUUUCUAUAACCAUUUACUACUUGCAAAAUUUCUUGCAUGCUGCAUGGGUGUGUCUAUGUACAUCUGCAUGUCUGCGUGCUCGCUUUUUAUUUCAUUCUUUUCUGCUUUUCGGCUCUGUUGGGGAGCUUUGUGGAUCGAGGUAUAGAAUCUCGUUGUUAUCCUCAGCUUGUCUAGAACUUUCAAUCCUCCUGUCUCUACAUCCUGAAGGCUGGAAGUGCCAUGCACCCAGCUUCCUACAGCUCUGGCAUGGAUGUGUGUGGGUGGCUGGAAGACAGUUGAGUCCAUGGUAUGUGCUGGAAGUUCAUGCUUGAUAAAGCAUGCUUUAUUCUUAACCUGUAUGGUAUAGAAAAGGGAAAUGCAACACAGAGAAAAUAAAUGGGAUGACUAGAGUCCCACAUGCGUGACCUGAAGUUUACCACUUUGACCAUACUAUAAUGUGCAGUUAAGGGGCAAUCAGUCCAUUCCCACUGCUGCAGCCAUCACCACGGUCCGUUUCAGAACGCUCAUCAGCCGGGGCUGAGACCGGAACUCAUUAAAUGGUAACACCCCAUUCCCCUCACACCUUGUCUCUAUCAGCCAUCCUCCUGCCUUCUGUCUCUAUGUGUGACUCUCUUAGGAGUCAUAAAACAUCUGUGCUUUUGUGUCUGGUGUAUUCAUUUUGUAUGUUAUCACUGAGGAUCAUCAUGUUGUAGUACAUAUCUGAAUUUCUCCCUUAAAAGGAAGAAUAUCAUUCCAUUGUAUAUAUGCCCAAUAUAUUUUAUUUAUGUACCCACCCAUUGAUGGACAGGGUUUCUUUUCAUUUUUUUUUUUGAUUAGUAGAAAUGACUCUAGCCUGAGUGAGUCCCCCUUAAUUUCGUAUGCUGAAAUCUAGUUCCUCAUAUGAUUGCAUUAGGAUGUAGGGACUUUGGGAGGUGAUUAAGUCACGAUGACCACCUAUGGCCUUUACAAAUGUGACCACAGAGAACCCCUUCCUCGUUCUGUUAUGUACUGACAGUGAGGUGACACUGUCUGUAAGCCAAGAAGCCAGUUCCCACUCAACACACAACGCACUUACACUCUGGCCUACACAGCCUCUAGGACUCGGAGCAAUAAGCCACUAGCCCACAGGAUUGGUUACCACAGCCUGGGCCAAGACAGAGGUCCCAGCACUUUUAAGUGGAGAUUUGUGACACCUGGUCUCCUGAUGUUCCCAGUGUUAUCACAGAGAGAACUGUUGCCUACAAGCUAAUAUUCUUCUCAGCCUCGGGGGGCUUUGCAGAGGAUGAUUACAACUUUAAUGCUGAACUUCUGUGAACAUGUGAGUUGAACAGCUAAGCUUUGUUGAACCAUAUUUUAGGUUCCUCAUUUUUAUUUUAUGGCGUGUUGGGGGGGGGCUGUGUAGAGUUGGUUCUCCACCUCCACUGUGGACUCUGGGGCUCAGACUCAGGUGACGAAGCUUACAUGGCAACCCUGAGGUUGAGGAGAAUUUUAGGUUAUAGGGAACCGUCGGUUCUUUCCAUGAUAAUAGACCAUUAGCUGAUGCAAUAUUUUCAGAAUAACUCUGAGAGGUGAAGUUUCAUGUUGAAACAGGGUACACUGCUUCUCCGAUAAGCUGGUCCAAAGGGCACAUACUGCUAGGUUCCCUGACCUGUGCUGAGCCUUCGUUAGAAACUGGCAUCAUUUCAAAACCCAAAGGUGUAUCUGAUUUGUCAGGGGCAGAAGGCAAAGCUUGCCUCACCUCCUGCAGCCUGUAAUACCUGACAGGACUCUCUGUGGAGCUCUGUGCAGAGGUGUCUGUUUUGAGAACAGAGCCGAAGGGAGAGGGUGGUGUGGAGCCAUGCACAUUGUCCUAGAACUUCUCCUGCUGGUAGGCAUCAUCAUCUACUCCUACUUGGAGUCACUGGUAAAGUUUUUCAUUCCCCGGAGAAGAAAAUCUGUGGCGGGACAGACUGUUCUCAUCACUGGGGCUGGACACGGAAUAGGCAGACUGACUGCGUAUGAAUUUGCAAAGCGGAAAAGCAGAUUGGUCCUGUGGGAUAUCAAUAAGCACGGUGUUGAAGAAACUGCAGCCGAAUGCCGGAAACUGGGGGCCAUUGUGCAUGUGUUUGUGGUGGACUGCAGCAACCGGAUGGAGAUUUACAACUCUGUGGAUCAGGUAAAGAAAGAAGUGGGUGAUGUAGAAAUCGUGGUAAACAAUGCCGGGGCGAUAUAUCCAGCUGACCUUCUUAGCACCAAGGAUGAGGAGAUCACCAAAACCUUUGAGGUCAACAUCCUAGGACACUUUUGGAUCAUAAAAGCACUUCUUCCAUCGAUGCUAAGAAGAAACUCUGGCCACAUUGUCACAGUGGCUUCGGUGUGUGGCCACGGAGUGAUUCCUUAUCUCAUCCCAUAUUGCUCAAGCAAGUUUGCUGCGGUUGGCUUCCACAGAGCGCUGACUGCAGAACUUGAAACCUUGGGGAAAACUGGUAUCAAAACUUCAUGUCUGUGCCCUGUGUUCGUAAAUACUGGCUUCACCAAAAACCCAAGCACAAGGUUGUGGCCUGUAUUAGAGACUAGUGAAGUUGCAAGAAGCCUGAUAGAUGGAAUACUUACCAACAAGAAAAUGAUCUUCGUCCCAUCCUAUAUCAAUAUUUCUCUAGUACUGGAAAAGUUUCUUCCUGAACGUGCCUUAAAAGCUAUAAGUCGUAUACAGAAUAUUCAAUUUGAAGCAAUUGUGGGCCACAAAACCAAAAUGAAGUAACAUCUGCAGAGAUGUGCAUACACCAAUGACAUGAUGUCGACGUGUUGAAGCUUUCUUUCACAUGUUUAAAGUGCUACUGGUGUUUAAAAUGUAGUUUUGGCACUAGCAGCCACCUAAUGAACAAGACUGAUUAGCUGACCAAGGUCUUCUGUGCUUGUAGAGAUCUCAGCCUGUAGUAUUUGGUGAUGGCAAUGGGAAUAUAGCAAGAUAAUAUCUAUUAAACAAAGAAGUAGAAAGAUAAUCAGUGUGGUUUUUAUAAAAUAAAUUAUUGCUAGAUAUCGAAAUGUAGACCAAGGGGUAAGAUAAUCUUGGGCAAAUGCUGACAAGCUGUAGUCCUUUCCACAUUGGGAGGGGUUGGUAGUGUUCUCAGUCUGCUCUUUGUGGACAGGAUGAAAACUUUGUUUCCUUGCCAUACGAAUUAGAAAGGAGGAUUUUUCUUAGUGUACGGUUUUUCUUACACCAUGUGAGUGAAUAAUGAAGCAAUUUUAUUUGCCUAACUUGGUGAAGCAAAUAUUUGUACAAACUUGCAACUGUGAAACCUCAACACCUUGUUCUUUACUUUAGAAAGACCUUGAACACAUUUGUUUUUCUUUUUACUCUAUUAGGCAAUCACUAAAAAUAUUCAACUGUACACAUAUUAACAGCAACACAAUCUCCCCCAAAUAAAUCCCGUUAUGAAGUGCAAAAUCUUCCUGGUUUUUUGUCUGUUGGCUGUUUGGUUUGGCUUUGGUAUUUUGCUGUAGGGGACUGAACCUACAGACUUGCACAGGUUAAGCCCUCUGCUCUGACCUCCUAUCCAUGAACUUCCAGCAUUAUUUCCACUUUUUGUUUUAAUCCUUUUUAACUGAAGCUCGGCAGAAUGCCUGGGAACGUGGUGAUGACCUCUCUGGCCCACUUCUCCUGCACAUUUUGAGUGUAGACAUCUUCCUUACAAGUACCAAAUAUUUGUCUACGACAACCUUCACGUUCAUAAUUCUCACUCCUGCCAACAUUGCAGCCCCUUAGGCUACCGCCAGGGUGCACAGAUCCCCAAGGAAGACUCCAUCCAUGUGAACCAUUUACUUAGAGAUAUGUCAUAGAAUUCUUAGGUUCCUGUGCACACAGUAUCAUGAUUUAUUGAUGAGUAUUUAAACAGAAUCCUCCUAUCUUAGCCCUCAGAUGUAGAAUUGUGUGUGCCACAGCACUCAGCUGAAAAUAAAUAAUUAUAAGUAUUUUUGUAAAUAUUUAAAGUUGUUUGGGGGAAUAUUCAUACUCAUGGAUUUUCUUUCUCUGUAAGAAAACAUUACUACAUGUUGAUUGAUUCCCCAAAAGGCUGAAAUCUAAAAGAUAAGACUCCCAAUGACAAGUGUGUGCUUAAUUUUGUUUUUCACUUGGCUUGGCUGGCUUGGCAGGAAGAGAAGGGGUGUAGAGAGAGGUCACGGGGAUCACCUCUGGUGCCUUUGUUUCUCUGAUGCCAUCUAAGGGUCUGAGAGAGACCUCAGGUCCAACAGAAAUCCACGUCCCAGCACUGCUUGGGGUUGACAUCAACCUCUGUCGAAGGCUUGACAUAUACACUUUUGCUGGAAAGAAAAUGCAACCUAAACCCAGUCUGGUUCACCUUUGGAAUGUGAACUUGGACAGUCAACUUGUAAUACCCAAAACCCAAAGACAUCUAUUCCUUUUCCCCAAGUUCAUGAACUCUGCCUCCUAAACACAAAUUUUGUCUGUUCCGAAACAAUCUGCUCUGAAGGUGCGGGCUUAGACUAGGUGGAUGAAGCAACCCACGACUGCUCCGGCUCAGAGGCAAGGUAAACUGUACUGAGGGUGGGCGAUGUCAGAAACACAGAUGACACAUUUGUCUUUCCAUGAGAUUAGAAUUAUAAAUUCGCAAACCACCUUCCAUGGCAGCAAUUUGCCAAGAAGUCUCCAUUUCCCCUGAGAGCCAGCCAAGCCAAACAGAAGUUCUUUUAUUCUGAUCUUAACUACAAAUAACUCUCAGAUCACACGCUGCACAUCACCAUGAGAAUGUGUAUGUGUGUGUAUGGAGAGAAGGGGGGGUUGUAGUAUGCAGGUUACCCAAUGGCUAAGGAGAGGCGGAGGAGGAAGCUGGGAGGGUUGCCAAGGGGCUCUCUGGGGAGGAGAGCAGAGCUGCUAAAGGUAUUGCCACUGAGCCCAGUGCACCAUCAGAGCGGUUCUGAGCCUCGGGGUUGAGCUGAGCUGCAGAAACAAGUUGGAGAACAGUGGAGACUGGAGAGGAAAAGCCCUGAACCAGGCUCAGACAGACAAGUGAGCAGAUGUAUGGAGCAGGUCCAGAUGAAAAAAUGAGAGAUGGACAGACUGAUGGCGGUCAGUCGCCCAUGUCUACAAUGGGCACAAGCUGAGCUGAAGCUCCCGGGAGAGUUGGGAGUUCUCUGCCUGUCGGUCCCUCGACAUGCACACAGGGCGGUCAGCUGACAGGCUAGUGGAACCACUGCCGUCUUGACGUUAGAGGUUCUCCUGGUUAUGAUGUCUAGGUGCAGAUGUUGCACCCCUUCUUUGGGCUGUUGAGUUUCAUAAGUUCUUAGGUCUGGUUUUCCUGAUAGACAAGUCCAAUAAAAUAAAAGGGUAAAGCAUAUUGUUUCUAAAAAGCGGUAGGCUCAGUCUUCCUCCUGCCAGAGCAGUUCAAGUCCACAGCUGUGGCCAGGCCCCCGGGGGAAUUUCUCACCAUAUUCUUUAAUUCGUUUAUUUUGUUUUGUUCAUUUUUUUUUUAAUUUACAGGGUCCCUCUAUGUAGCUUUAUUUGGCCUGGGACCCAUUAUAUAACUGGGGCUGGCCUCAGAUUUAUAGUAAUCCUUCUGCCUCUGCCUCUGAGAGACAGGAAAUGGGUAAAGAAAACAGUUUAUUACAAUUUGACUAAACUCGGGAAAGAAACAUUUUUAAUUUUCUCUCCCUACUCUGUGGGAGUCUUACAAUGUAUAGCCAAGAUGAAACAAUGGUCGAGAGAGACACAGACUGGCUGUGAGGCGGACGCCUAUUCUUUCCUGAGGAGGGAGGUUCUUUCACGGCUAAUAUCCCCGGCUGCCUCCAUUUUCGUUGUGGGAGGCCCAACACUAUUAAAACCCUACAGGAAAAUGCCCAGAGUUCCCUGGCAGGAACCUAGCUACCUGUCUCACACAGAUGCCAGCAACCACGCCCAGGUGCCCACCAAGCUGUUCGUCUGCGAUAUUUCCUAAAAACGACCAUUUUAUUGCGAAAGCCAAACUGAAUUUGGAAGUUGGAAACACGGAAGACGGAGGAGGAAAGUGGCUGAGGGUCACUUUAUCAUUACAGUGAACGUCGACCAAUUCAACGAACUUCCUCAGUUUUUCUAAAAGUUGGAUGUGUGUAGAUUCUCAUGGUUUCUGCUCAGUGUUUUCUUCCUGUGUCUGAUGUGACUCCCGGAAGUGCUUCCUGUACUUGAUACACUGAAGACAAUGGCAAGAGAGCCUGGACCUUUCCACACAGGCAUUUCCUACUUUGUGGCAGCAUUUGGCCAUGAGUCACAUGCUGGGUAGAGUUCAUUGGAGGACUAUGCUAAUUCUGUGUUGGAUCUUGUUUACAAGCACUUCUUAACAUCUGCUGGCUUCCCUUCAAACUCCGGAAACUGUCGGGGUUGGCAGGAGCUGGCUGGCUGCUUGAUUGACAGAUGUCAUGCUUUCCCGGGGAACCCAAACAGAGCAGAAACUUUACAGAGCAGAUCGACAGCCAUUGCUGUGGCCCCCAAACAUGGCUGGACUGUGAGUGACAUUGCCACAGCUCCUAAACUCUCAUCAGAAGUUGUAGCAACUGUGACUUCAAACUCACCAACUCCAUGGAAGCUUAAAGAGCUGUCUAUCAGGAGGCCCCAGACAUCCCGUCGUGGCUCUGACCACAACAGCUUCAGGUGACUCCCAAACCUGCAACUGCUCCAGGUGUCCCUAUCCAACUUGCAGAUAUUCCCACCUAGGACAAUCACAAUAGACAGGUCCAGUGACCUGUGCAGUCUGGCAUGCCUAAACGAAAAGUUUGUUGUUAGCAGACAGGACACUGCACACACGUGUGACUGGAUACAUAAGCUGGACACGCAGGCCGUGUUCACUGUUAUUUCGUGCACACACUGCAGUACCACCUUUUGGGUGGUUUUAUUGCCUACCUAUAAUCUUUUGGGGUAGGGUAGGCUUAGCUGGUUGUACCAAGAGCAGAUAACGUCAGGGCCACUAGCCUGAAACACACCUCGAAGCUGUGGUUGCUAAGGGUUCCUCAAAGUGACAAGGAGCAGGAAGUGCAGAAUAGGGAGAGCUGUAGAGAGCUGAGGAAAGGAGAAAGCCAAGGGGAGAGAGGAGGGUCGAGGGGCAGGGGAGGG